UUUAGCAACCUGAUAAGUUUACCAAGAAAGAAGAAAUGGCAGAGACAAGACAAGAAUAUGGUUCUUCUGACUUCACAGUAGAACACACUGCCUCACAUGGCAGUGUCAAAAAAUGGAUGUCUGAAAAGGAUUGUGAUAAGGAGAGUUGCUCUGCUCUUGAAUUACUGGAUUUCAAGAAUGCUUUGAAGCAGUUCCAGAAACUAGUUGAAAAAAUGGUAACCCAGAAGACAAAGGAGAGAUUAGGCUUGUAUAUUAAAGAUGAUGAUGAGAUAGACUAUGAUAAGUUCUAUACAACCACACAGACGCUUUUUGGUGCAGAAGUCAAGGAUCAUAAUAUUAAGACCUUUUUCAGGAAGAUUAGCAACAACCUUGAUGCAAGGACAGAAUGGUGUGAGAUUUUUGGCUAUUUCAUAGGAGAAAGUGAUGCCAUGUCUUCCCAGAUGAAAGAAGAAAACAUGGUUUUCCUUGUAUCUGAAAAACAGCAGAUUACUCAUGCAGUUGUCAAGAGACAAGAUGUGAUUAAGGGUAUAGUGAAGGUGCCUCAUCUGGAUUUCACAAUAACAUCCUCUCAGAAAGGAGUGCUAACUAUUUUUAACAAUCAGAUGAGGGUUCUGGCAACCACCAGUGUUGAAGAUACUGCUUGGAUCACUGGAUGUGAUUUCCUACCUCAGCUGAAAUGUGUCGUGGCUGUAACUGAAAGGACAGUCAUUGUCUGGGACUAUAAAUCAAAAGGAAGUCAGAAUAAUUGCUUUGUUAUCAAACCAAUGGAAAAUGGUCUGCUCUGCGUUUGCAUGGUGACUAUGUCAGAUCAUCUGGCUAAGGAUAAUAUCCUAAUGGGAGAUGAUAAGGGUUAUGUUCACCUGCUUACUGUGACCAGUGAUCACUUUGGAUUAAAACAAUGUAGAGGCAAAAAAGAAUCACAACUGCAGGUCUUGGACUCCAAAACUUUUAACAUUGUUAAACGCAAGCUACAUGAUGACUGGGUUGUGAAAAUUAAGUAUAUUUCUGACCUAAAUUGUUUUGGAUCCUGCUCCUCAGACAGCAUUCAUUCAUUUGUUUUGGAUGACAUAAAGCGACUAGAGGACAACUUACCUGUAAAGGAAUUUUCUGUCCCUAAAGGAGUCAAUGCCUUCACAUACUGUGGGAAAGCAAAAGUCAUUGUCACUGGGGGUCAUGACAAACUCCUUCGUUUGUGGCAUCCCGCUAUUAAUAGUAGGCCUACAGGGAAGCUGUCAGGACACCAACAUAGUGUUGUGGAAAUUGUGACAAAUGAAAAAGAUCAACAUGUCAUCAGCCUUUCCUCCGCAAAGAUUUUUAGAGUGUGGGAUAUACAGACCCUUUCACUGCUGCAGGUCUUCCAUGAUAAUCAAGGGAGUCCUGGAGAGAUGGACACCUUUGCCAUGGUAUUUGACAAUGAUCGCGGCACACUUAUCACCGGUUCAACUGUCAUUGAUAUUUAUCCCCUGACUCAUAUGAUACAAGAUACGAGACAGGUGCCACAGACACAUGAGAAGAGCAUCAAUGUUCUGGUUUAUAACAGGGCUUUUCACCAGAUUCUCACUAUCUGCUCUGAGUCAAUACUGAAGGUCUGGGACCUAGAAACAGGAUAUCAAAUAUAUCAGAUUGAAGAUGCACAUGGGCUGAAUACUGAAGUGACCUGUGCAGCCAUUGAAAUAAAUGGUUUUUAUCUUGCUACUGGAACAUGUGAUGGAGCAGUGAAAAUUUGGGAGUUUGAAAGUGGGCAGGAAGUUAAAGCCUUGCCUUUGGCCCAGCACAGCAGAGUUGGGUGUCGUCUGCUGAAGAUAGUUUAUCUGAAGGCUAAUGAGAGUCAACAUGCACUUCUUGUUUUGGAGCAGAGUGGGAAGAUGAAAAUCAUUCAGGGUAACUCAGUUCAAAGAUACCUAUAUGUCACAUGGGUGCUUCCUGAGGCAGUGUUGUUUCCACGAAGGAAUCCAGUUGUGUCUCUGUCACUGAAGCCUGACACCUUACAAACACAUGAUUUUUUCCCGGAUAUUCAGCUGCUGUCUGACACCAGUUCUCUGAGGAAUGAUACAGAGAAUUUUGUACCUUCUGUGGAAAUGAAGUGUUUUGAUGUUUUAAAAGGAGAGGGAUGCAGUUUGAUAGCUACAGGAAGUGCAAACGGUGCAAUAAUUUUGUGGGAUUUUGAAUCUGCCUCUGUGAGAUGCCUGUAUAAAAUUAAUGAAGACAGCCAGGCUUCAGUUCUUCAAGCAUCUGGAGUCAAUGUCAUAUUAUUCCUUGUACAUAGUGCUUUCUCUUCCAGGAAAAUUAGUUCCCUGCCCUCUACUACUGCUACUGUGAGGAGUGAUAUCAGUGCCAUUCCAGAGCACAAGAGCAGUUCUUUGAACCUACAUAAGGAAAAUGUAAAAAGUGAUGAAAUUAAUACUCAAAUAACAACAGCAGAAGACACAGCUAGGUAUGAGAAUAUCCAGUACUUGAAGAUGAAUGUACAGUUAUCCAAAGCUGUAGCAGGACACUCACCAAUACUGGCUUCUGCUCAUGAAAAUGGCUGUAUCUGCCUAUGGAGUAUUCAGGGAAACUUAGUGAAAGAACUUUUGCCAUUUUCAAAAUAUCCUUCGGUUCCUCUGACAGCACUAUGUACAGACAUCUCCACUAAAAUGCUUUUGGCAGGCAGUAAGGAGGGACAUGUUAUGCGCUGGAGCAUUGCCUCUUUCUUAGAAGAUCCACAAACCAGUAAAAAUCAAAUAAAGGAGGAGCUCUGCUGGAGGGCACACUCUACUGAAGUGGUUGACUUAUUUCAUGAAGAGGAGAAAAAUGUGGUAGUGACAGCAUCUAUUGAUGGUUCAGUCAGGCUCUGGCAUGCCAUGAACGGAUACUAUCUUGGUUACUUUGGACAACCUAGGAAGUUGGAAUUAUCAGAUAUCAGUCGGUUGAUUUUGCCUUGCGAUGUUAAUAACUUUCCUACUACAAUUAAAGAGGAAAGCAAGCAUAUGGAAAAGAAGAAGUAGUGUGAAUAUCCUCUCAUGCUGGACAGGGACAAGUGGAAGUCACUGACCAGAUCACCUUCAGUUUUAAAAAAGCCUAAACAUGUGGACAUAAUUCAGGACUUGAAGUUUUUCAAAGCUCUGGCUUCUCCAAAGAUCCAUAGAGAACCUUUGGAAAGUUUUGAGUCUGGAAACAGAGAGGCUGGUGCAGUAUUUGGGUCUCUUCCUAUAUAUGAGCUUGGGAAACCAUUUGAAGAGAGCAUGCCGCAAAGUCUUCAGUGGAACAAAGCUGAGAUGUCCAGUCCCACCGGACGGUCAAUGGAGACAGGUUUCAGUGGAGAAUAGGGUCAAGACAAAUAAACAUAGCAUCCAUCUUCAGGAAAGUAGAUUAGCAGGUUCCUUACUUCAAUUGUUUUCUGUGUUUUCCUAUUAUAUUUAAAUCCAUUUCAUUAUUAAGUAGAAUAUACAGAAAUCAAAUCUUUACUUCUAUUGCAGUCCUUCAUGCAGAGAAAAAAUUCUAACAAGGCCGGUGUGUGAUUAUAACAAGAUACUCACAGAAAAGCCCAUCUCACUCCACUUUUUGAUGGUUAAGAAGGAAAAGCACCUUACUAUGAUUAAUUCCUUGAAGAUUCAGAGCCAUAAAUCUGCAAAAAUUCUUCUUUUGCUAGCCAUAUAGACUUCUCUGAAGAACAAGAAUUGUUAUUCCAGAGGUACUGCUCUAACUGUUCUCUCAUGUUUCAGGAGCUUUGGUGUCCUUGGAGAGGCAAAGAGUUGAUGGGAUGUUCCAUAGGUAGCACACAUACGCCACAGUAUCCUAGUCAAAUGUCUUCUUCCAGAAACUUUUAGAUUUCCUUGUUAAUCAUGUGGAGAUAAGACAGAAGGAAGAUUGAGAACUAGGUUCAAAAGAGAAACAGCCCUAUUUAAAGAUACCUGCAUUUAGGUCACAGCAUCAUAGAACAUGCCAUCUUUAACUCUGCACUAUUUUCAGCUAAGCUAACUUUAUAUUAAUUAAACAUAAUUACAGAAACAGAAAAAGCAAAAAACAAGCAAAGCUCCUUGCAAUUGUUUUGUUAAUGCUAUGCAGACAAGUCUUCAGAAUUAUCAUUCUAAUACCUUUUAGUGCCAAUAUUUUUGUUCAGAAGAUGCCUUGACCAGAACUAUUAACAGAAUGAAAUGGCCUUAUAACCCAAAGAAUUCAUUUUCAGUAGCUCAGAUGCCUUCUGGUUUAUGCUACUUUGUUUCAGAAAUACACUAACAUGUCACAGUAGGGAAAAUCUGUUUAGAUAAGAUUUUUUUAAAUUAGUUUUUCUGAUCAAUUUACUGCCUGUCAGUUCAGGUUUAUGGGCAAAAUCCUGAUCUCUUGCUGCACCAAUUUAAGUCUUAGCUGUGCAGAUUUAAAACAGUAAAAAACACUAUAGGUCAGCUCAGUUCACCCCAAUUAUUUUCAUCAUUUUUAUUAUAUAGUACAAACCAAGCCUAGGGCAUGGUAGAUGUGUUUAAAGGAAGAUCAAUGUAUGAUUCAGGGUGUAAUAAAGGUGAAAGUAUAAUAGCAUUAUUUUAUUAUUAUUGUUAUUCAUUAUGAACUCCUUACACUGAACUGUUGUAAACAAGACCAAAAUUUGUAAAAGUUACUCAGCAUAUUUUAGGGUGAUCAGAAAUCAUACUCCUUUUCAGCAGUUGCCAGUGGCUGUUUACUUAAUGAGAGGCUAGUAACAAUGUCUUUCUGGUGGAUUUUGCGUUAGUUGAAAGUCUUAAACUAAUGUCCUAAAACCUACUUAACGGCUUCCCUAUUUUUAUGAUUGGCUCCUGAACCCUUAAUCUAAAACUGAACCUUUGGAUAGCACUAAAGAAAACUGGCAAAUGUUGGAAACUGAUCUCCUCACCAAUAUUUAAGAAACCAAUAUAUAGGUUUGUCCCUUCCUCUGUGGCACAGUAAUGGCAGAAAGCUUUGCUCUUCUUAUCCUUUUUUCUGUAUUUUCGUCUAAACAGGAAAUCCAAAUCUUUAACUAGCACAGGUAAUAAUGGUAUCAUAUUGAACAGCAUCUUUCAUCCUGUGCUGCGUAAUGAGCUGCCCUUUUGCUUGGGAAAGCACAUGGCAAAAG